CAUGUUUUCUCUCUGGCAGCUAGGGAUGCAGUAGAAAUGCCAGCUAGUGAUAAGAUUAAGCAUAACUGAGAGCAAAGAUAGCUGCAUUUUGUAUUUAGUUUUCUUAACGGUGGAUUAUAAAUAAAGCCUUGGUGCAGCAAUGCUUGUUCUUGUCAGCAUGAGCAAGAUCCUCAGCUGGGAGCUCUAAAAAGGGGGGUCUGCUUUUGUAAACACACCCACCCCCCGCCUCCCGCCCGUCUUGCACCGACUGUGCACACAGGAAGGGUGUAGCUGGUGAUUGUUCCUGAGAAGAGAGAAGAUGAUGAGUGAUGCAAGCGACAUGCUCGCUGCGGCUCUGGAGCAGAUGGAUGGCAUUAUUGCAGGUUCAAAGGCACUGGAGUACUCCAAUGGCAUCUUUGACUGCCAGUCCCCCACCUCCCCCUUCAUGGGAGGCCUGCGUGCUCUGCACCUGGUGGAGGAUUUGCGGGGCUUGCUGGAGAUGAUGGACGCAGACGAGAGAGAAGGACUGCGCUGCCAAAUCCCCGACUCCACAGCAGAGGCUCUGAUCAUAUGGCUCCAAAGUCAAAUGACUAAUGGGCACAUAUCUGGGAAUGGAGAUGUGUAUCAAGAAAGGCUGGCUCGUCUGGAGAAUGAUAAGGAAUCUCUUGUUCUGCAAGUAAGUGUGCUUACAGACCAGGUGGAGGCCCAAGGAGAAAAAAUUCGGGAUCUGGAGUUCUGUCUAGAGGAGCACAGAGAGAAACUGAAUGCCACGGAAGAGAUGCUGCAGCAGGAGCUUUUAAGCAGAACAACCCUUGAAACUCAGAAACUGGAUCUUAUGACAGAGAUUUCCACUCUGAAGUUAAAGCUUACAUCUGUAGAGAAGGAUAGACUGGACUAUGAGGACAGGUUCAGAGACACCGAGGAUUUGGUCCAGGAAAUAAAUGAACUGCGGUUGAGAGUUGGAGAAAUGGACAAUGAGAGACUCCUAUAUGAAAAAAAACUGAAAACUACCAAAUCUUUAAUGGCCAAACUUUCUAGUAUGAAAAUCAAAGUGGGUCAGAUGCAGUAUGAAAAGCAGCGGAUGGAGCAGAAAAGCCAAAUGUUAAAGGAUGAGCUAACAGCAUUGAAAGAGAAGCUAGAGCAGAAGGAAGCUGAGGUUAAAAGGUUGCAAGAAAAAUUGGUUUGCAAGCUGAAAGGAGAAGGGGUUGAAAUACUUGACAAAGAUGAAAAUUGUAAAAAGAAGCUGAAAGAUAAAAAUCUAGAGAUACAGAAAAUGAAGAAGGCAGUAGAAUCUCUAAUGGCAGCAAAUGAAGAAAAGGAUCAGAAGAUAGAAGAGCUGCGGCAAUCUCUGAAUAGGUACAAGAAAGUGCAAGACAUGGUGAUAUCGGCUCAAGGUAAAAAAGGCAAGGAAAGUGACGGUGAAGAGUACUUGAAUUCAGGGUCUGUUUCCACAGUUUUAUUGGACACACCAAGUUUGACUGACCCAGAGAAAAGCCAAUCCCCAGCCCCAGUAACAUCAUCUCCACUCCAUGAUGAGUUUAACACAAAUGUUCAUGAAGAGAAUUCCCUACAGAUCCACACCAGUAUUUUACAGAUUUCAAUCCCUUCUUUUUCAUCAACAUCCAAGAGCUCAGAAACUGCUGCUGAGAAAAUGAGAACACAACCGAGGCCAGAUCCUGCAAGUGAAAUGAGUGAAGGAAGAUCAACAGGUUCCUCUCCAGAAAGUCACCUGCCUGACAGUCCAGUAACUUCUUCACUGCAGAAAUCCAGCAGUCUGAGCAGCUUGAGAAAAGAGACAUCUGAAGCGGACAGAGACUCUGCACAGAAGACAACAGAGGUUAAACCUCCUGUGGAAGGUAAUUUUGCAACUCUCCCUCCGAAGUCUCCUUCUCAUGGUGGCGCAGGCGAUGAGGACAGUUUUGGUACCCGUAAAGCCAGAUCUUCGUUUGGAAGAGGCUUCUUUAAGAUCAAAAAUAACAAGAGGACUGCAAGUGCCCCAAAUCUGGAUCGCAGUCGAAGUGCAAGUGCACCUACCUUAGCUGAAACAGAGAAGGGAUCUGCAGACCACUUGGAUCUGGCAGGCUUGCCCCCUCGCCCAAAAGAAAUGGAUGGUCUACAGAUGAUGCCACCUUCUCUGGAUUCAAAGAAAAAGGCCAGAGGGAUCAAGAAGUUAUUUGGAAGGCUUAAAAGAAGUCAGUCUACCACCUUCAACCCUGAUGACUUGUCUGAGACAGAGUUCAAAAGAGGAGGGACAAGAGCAACUGCUGGGCCACGCCUGGGCUGGUCUCGAGAUCUGGGGCAGUCUCACAGUGAGCUGGACAUGCCCUUCGCAAAGUGGACGAAGGAGCAGGUUUGCAAUUGGCUCCAGGACCAAGGGCUAGGCUCUUACAUAAAUAAUGGCAAACACUGGAUACUGUCUGGACAAACACUUCUGCAGGCUUCGCAGCAGGAUCUGGAAAAGGAGCUUGGGAUAAAGCACCCGUUGCAUCGGAAGAAGCUUCAGCUUGCUUUGCAAGCACUUGGAUCUGAAGAGGAAAACAAUCAUGGAAAACUGGAUUACCACUGGGUUACCAGGUGGCUGGAUGACAUUGGCCUCCCCCAGUAUAAAACUCAGUUUGAUGAAGGAAAGGUGGAUGGCCGAAUGCUCCACUACAUGAGCAUGGAUGACUUGAUGUCCUUGAAAGUUGUCAGCGUCCUCCACCACCUUAGCAUCAAAAGAGCCAUCCAGAUUUUGAGAAUGAAUAACUUUGAACCCAACUGUCUGCGCAGAAGGCCAUCUGAUGAGAAUAACAUCACACCUUCUGAGGUGACCCAAUGGACCAAUCACCGUGUGAUGGAGUGGUUGCGCUCCGUUGAUCUGGCAGAGUAUGCACCUAACCUGCGAGGGAGCGGUGUGCAUGGGGGACUGAUGGUUUUGGAGCCUCGUUUCAAUGUCGAAACCAUGGCACAGUUGCUGAACAUCCCACCAAACAAGACGCUACUGAGGCGGCACUUAGCAACUCAUUUCAACCUCCUCAUUGGGCAGGAGGCCCAGCAGCAGAAACGGGAAGCCAUGGAGUCCUCAGACUAUGUUCUUUUAACAGCAACUGCCAAAGUCAAGCCAAAGAAGCUGACCUUCAGCAAUUUUGGGAGCCUGAGGAAGAAGAAGCAAGACGAUGUAGAAGAGUAUGUGUGUCCUAUGGAGCUGGGACGUGCACCUGGAAGUGGGUCAAAGAAGGGUUUUAAACCUGGCCUGGAUGUCAGAGUGUAUGAUGAUGAUGACUUGGACAGGCUGGAGCAGAUGGAAGAUUCAGAAGGGACUGUGAGGCAAAUAGGAGCAUUUUCUGAAGGCAUCAACAACUUAACACACAUGUUGAAAGAAGAUGACAUGUUUAAAGACUUUGCAACUCACUCUCCUAGCACCAGUGUAACAGAUGAGGACUCCAAUGUGUGACAUAAGCAGCAGAUGUUGGCCAAGGCUUGCUUUGCUACAUGCAGGAAAAGUCAUCGUUAUACAUGACAGGCAGCAGGUUAUGUACAUUACAUUGCUCUUGCUUCUGUUAGUUAGAAGUAAUACUGGGGGUUGGGGGUAAGAAUUUUAACAAAAAACAAACAAGGUGCCUACUCUAAAAUUGCCAUAAGAAACACCUAGACACUGGUGAAUGGUAAUUGGGGUUUCUAUAUUUAAUGUACAAAUCAGUGAUACAUUUUGAGAGUGUUGCAUUUAAAUUUACCUGAUGUGAUACUGCCCUUUUUUGCUUAUUCAUGACCUCAGAUAAUACUUUAUACCAUUUUGAGAUAACAGAAGGUGUUAGGUAGAAGUAUUGGGUUGUAGAUAUUGUGCAAUCAGCUUUCUCUAUGCUCUCAGCUGGAAAAAAAAGAAGUUAGUAUUUUUUUUACCUCCCAAGUGCAUUUGUUAGCACAAAUACCAAUUCUGCCCUUCCUGUGUUAUCCAACAUAGGAUUUUAGCCAUCCAUGCCCUGCCUAAAUACCCAGGAGCUCUUGGCUGUCACUCUUAUUUUCAUACUGUUUUAUAUUUAAAUAAAUAACAAACCAACCCAAGUAGUGUAUGAAGUACAUGUAAAAGCAGAACUGUAAAUUUUGUGAGACAGAGUGAUGGAAAGUAUGGGCAAAGGGGAGAGAGAGGACUGCAGAGAAAUACUAUGCCAGUUUGCAUACCAGCUGGUUACUGGAAAAGGCAGGCUGACCUUUGGAGCUGUUUGCUCUUACUGCAUUUGACUCUGUGUUAAGGUGAGACAAUUAGGAAGCAGGUUCCUUCCACCAGUGGCUCUCAUGGAAACUGCACACCCUUAAACGUUUCUCUUUCCCAGCAGUGGGAGUUGUAGAGCGUUCGAACAAGGUGAUUAACACUUCUGCGACUUCCAGGAUUUACCUUAAGAGCUGAGAGUGCUCCCUGCGUAUGGAAUGUGUGUUUCUGUGCUGUGACUGAAGUAAAGAUAGUGUAGUUGGAAAAAAAGAAAAGAACCAAAAAGUUAUAUAGAGAAAUGUAUAGGAAAUAUAUUAUUGCAUAAUAUUAAACAUAAAGUGGGACUUCUUCUCUAAAAUCCAGGUGUCCAAUAUGUCGCUCAGCGUUUUGCCUUCUUAAAGCACAGGUGCUCUGCUUUUGAAGACCAUCAGCUCUUUAUAAAUCCUAACGAGGCAGUGGGAAUCUCCCAGUCUUUUGCCUUCUUAAAGCACUGGUGCUCUGCUUUUGAAGACCAUCAGAUCUUAGCAAAUCCUAACAAGGCAGUGGGAAUCUCCCAGUGUUGGAGGUGUCCUAGCCACAAGCAAACAAAAAGAAGCGAUUCCUGUUUGUUACGGUGGUCAUUCGUAUGGUGUUGAACGUUGCAUGUAUUUUAGCACAGUGGCAUGAAGCUUCUUUGCUUUAUAAAAGCAAAAAAAAUGUUCAGCUGGGAUUGUUCCUUAUGGUGCUGUGUUGCUUUACAAAGCUUUUGUCACUGCUUUCAUCGUUCUCCUUGUUGGAAGCAAAGACUGUUUCUGACACUUGGCUGGUGUGUGGUGCGAGGGACGUUAGUUCUGUGCUGACUUUGGGGGUAUUUCUGAAACACUAUUAACAAAGGUAGGAAAAGAAGGAAAGUUCUUUCAGAGGCUUCCAGGGGACUCCCACCACAUGAAACACUGGAACAGGUUGCCCAGGGAGGUUGUGGCUGCUCCCUCCCUGGAGGUGUUCGAGGCCAGGUUGGACGAGGCUUUGAGCGACCUGUUCUGGUGGGAGGUGUCCCUGCCUAUAGUGGGGGGUUGGAACUAGAUGAUCUUUGAGGUUCCUUCCAACCUAAACCACUCUAUCAUUCUGUGGUUCUAUGUUGGGGUAGACUGGAGUCACAUUCUUUCAUCAUGUCAUUGUAACCUCAUAAGCUGUUACCAGCCUGGUUCUUCGAAGGCUGUGCAGUGUGGGCUGUUAUUUCAGUACCAAGACCUGGUUGUGUUACAUGUAAUACCAAGCACUGCCAUUGUCUUUUUGCCAACUGGAACCAGGCAAACAAUCCAUAAUGUAUACAUGAACUGGUUUGUGCUGCUUACCAUCUGGCUACAGAUUGCAAUGGAUGCAGUUUCUCAGUAUUCGUAGAUGGUUGCUAUCCACAAAUAAUUUCCUGUGUGCUGUUUCUUCUUCUGUGCUCUUGGAAGUGGUUUGAUCUAUUUUAUUCAGGCCAAAAUAACAUGUUCUGCAGCACCUGCCAUCAGCCUUAGGACACAGGUGCUUGGGAUAUGAAUUCAGGGCUUGCUUGCUGUGAGUACUCCACAGUAUACUUAUUAAAGACAUGAAAGUUGAGCAGAAGACCCUGCUUGCUCUCAGGCUGCAGAAGCACUGGGAAGAAGUGGUGCAGGCUUCUGAGCUCCUCCAAAUUGGCUUUCACUAGAUGGCUAGUGAACAUGUGACUGGAUGUUCAUAGAGGGGAGAAGAGCUGGGUGUUAGCGACACAAUAUGGGCUGAAACAGCCACAAAUACUCUCCAGUUACACUUCAUCCCAGUGCUAUUUAGCAAGCACAUUAACAAGGGCAGGCAAUGGUUUAUUCAAGCAGCAUUCUACCCAGGUUGGAAGCCAGGUCAUCUCCUGUCACCUGAACCUUGGUUGUUGUGUGUGGGUGGAACAUGAAAGCAAUGGAUAAUGUUAGGAAGCCCAGGUGCACGUGCACACAGUCAGUACCCUGGGGCCAUCUGAAUUGGUGCCUGCUUGAAGAUGGCCAUGUAACUCCUCUGUGUAUUGCCACAUACAACUGCAAUUCAAUAAAGUCUGUGGAAAAUACCAAA